AUGGGACGGCGUAUCGUCUGGAGGGACGACGGGCCAGCCAGUGGUCUGGAGUGGGCGCCUCCAGUGAUGGUCGUGGCCGUGGUCACUUUAUUGGCGUCGACCCUAGACUUAAUGGCGGAUUUUCUGGUGAUCGCUGAAUUUCUCGGAAAUUUCCAUAGCAGGAUAGCAGUGGUUGCCGCUUACGGAUACUUCUUCUUCACUGGUGUGUCGGUAUUCGUUUAUAUUUUCGAGAUGGUCGAUGUGUGCCAAACGCUGAAGUACGAGGAAGAAAACGUGUUUUAUGCACGGCUAGCCAAGAGCCUUGUGUUAGCUCUGGAAGAGGUUCCCCUACCAGCUUUGCUCAACGUACUCUUUACGAACGAGCCACGACUCUCAUUAGCAGGGCCAGUGUUCUUCGGCUCAUGUAUCAAACUGGUCGCACUCUCUUGGGGACUGGUGAAAUUCACGAAACUCCGAUUCUUUUGGCCAUGUCUUCCGCUGAAUCCGAAGCACAAUUACAGGUACGUGAGUGAGCUGUUGGCAGACAGAAACUUUUCGGUCCUCAUCAGAGAAGCAUUUUGUUUUCCACAUGAGUACACGUAG